GGAAGGAGGAUCAAUGAUGAAGAACACUCAAUGAAGAAUCAUUGAAUUCCCACCAAUAAAGCUUUGAUAAAUUCACCAACCCAAAUAGCUAUUCUAUAUUUUUGAUAGUAACUCCUUCUCAUGACAUUAAUGGAAUCCAACCUCUGACCACCAUUCUCUCUCUCUCUCUCUCUCUUCUUCUUCUUCUUCUGCUCUGGCUUUCUUCUUUCUUAUUACCUUCCCAAUAUAAAACCACCUUUCUAUGUUUUGUUUCUUUCUCCUUUACUAAUCCUUCUCCCAAGACCUUAAAAAAAAAACCUUUCUUGGUUUCAUUAAAAAAAUCUUUGUUGGGUUUUUUUAUUUUCUUUUCUCUUUUACAAAUAAAAAAAAAAACAGUAAAAACUUGAACUUUACAUGUUCUAUGGUCAGAGACUCAGAGAAACUGAAAGACAAAAGUGCUUCCCACCUUUGGUUGUUUGUUUCUGUUGGCUUUUCUCUUCAUGAAUCUGCAAACCAGACAAGGUGAGAUCACAUUCUUCCUUUAGAGUCCCCCCCAAAUAGAUGCUUCAUACUCCUCAAAAUCUCACUUGUUAUCCAAAAUCCAAAUAAGUAGAGUAUUCCUAAGCUCAGUUAUAGCCUAAACCAACCAUCUUUUGAUUUUAAUGGAGUUGCAGAAGCAGUGAAAGUGAUUUCUAAGGUAGACCCAGAAACCAUUUAUGGCAAUAUCAUGGUUUAGUUGAAAAAAAAAACAAGAUAAUCCACAGAUAAGCUUCUGGGUUUGCUUUGUUUGUCUCAUUCAAAAAAAAAAAAGAUUUUUUUUUUCUUCUUUCCAAAAAAUGGGUUCUUGUUUCUUUGGUUUGAUACUUGUUAUGGCAUUGUUCUUGGAGCCUUUAUCUUGUCAACAAGAACCCAAUUCAGAUGGGUUCUUUGUCUCUGAGUUUUUGAAGAAGAUGGGCUCAAAUUCUUCCUCAUUUUCUCAAAUUUACAACUUUUCUGUACCUGUUUGUAAAUGGCGAGGAGUGUUCUGUGAUGCUAAGAAAGAACAUGUUAUUGAGUUAGUAGUUUCUGGUUUGAGCCUCUCUGGUUCUAUACCUGAUACCACUAUUGGAAAACUGACAAAGCUUCAGACUUUGGACCUUAGCAACAACAAAAUCACUGGCUUGCCUGCUGAUUUAUGGAGUUUAAACUCACUCAAAAGCCUUAAUCUUUCUUCUAACAAGAUUUCUGGCCCACUGCCUAAUGACAUUGGCAACUUUGGUCUUUUGGAAAGCUUUGAUAUUUCAAGUAAUGAUUUUUCUGGUAAAAUUCCUGAAACUAUAGGCUCACUUCUUAGUCUGAGUAGCCUUAAACUCAACAACAAUGGGUUUGACCAGAACAUCCCAUCUGGGAUUCUGAGUUGUCAAUCACUGGUUCUUAUUGAUCUGUCAUCAAAUCGGCUAAGUGGGUCUCUUCCAGAUGGUUUUGGUGCUGCAUUUCCCAAGCUCAAAAGCUUGAAUCUUGCAGGGAAUGAGAUUCAUGGCAGAGAGACUGAUUUGCUGGAGCUGAAAUCCAUCACAACUCUUAAUCUUUCCAGCAACUUAUUUCAAGGUCCAGCCUUGGGGAUGUUUAAGGAGCUAAUGGAAGUGAUUGACUUGAGCAAGAACCAGUUCCAAGGUCACAUUUCUCAGGUACAAUUCAAUACUAGCUAUAACUGGUCAAGUUUAGUUUAUCUAGACUUGUCUGAGAAUGAGAUCAGUGGAGAUUUUUUACACAACUUUGGUCAAGCACAAAAUCUCAAACACCUCAAUUUAGCUCACAACAGAUUUGCUAAGCAGAUGUUCCCAAAUAUUGAACUGCUUUUGGGACUAGAAUAUCUAAAUUUGUCUAGUACUAAUCUCAUUGGUCAAGUUCCUAGUGAAAUCUCAAGGUUGAGUCAUUUGAAUACACUUGAUCUUUCUGAGAACCAUCUUGUUGGUCAUAUCCCAUCAGUGAGUGCAAAAAAGCUCCAGAUUUUUGAUGUCUCAAGAAACAACUUGACUGGAGACAUUCCAGUUUAUCUUUUAGAAAAACUCCUUUGGAUGGAAAGGUUCAACUUUUCCUACAAUAACUUGACCCUUUGUGCUUCUCAAAUUCCCCUUGAAACUCUCAAAACAGCCUUCAUUGGAUCAUUAAACAGUUGCCCCAUUGCUGCAAACCCAGCCCUCUUCAAGAAAAGAUCGUCCUCGAACCAUGGUGGUCUAAAGCUUGCCCUGGCUUUGGCUCUCUCCAUGGUAUGCUUGCUUGCAGGGUUGCUUUUUCUAGCAGUUGGUUGCAGAAGGAAAAAUAGAUUGUGGGCUGUUAAGCAACCUUCUUAUAAAGAAGAACAGACUAUUUCGGGUCCCUUUUCAUUCCAGACCGAUUCCACUACAUGGGUGGCUGAUGUUAAGCAAGCAACAUCAGUUCCUGUAGUAAUUUUUGAGAAACCAUUGUUGAAUAUCACAUUUGCAGACCUCUUGUCAGCAACCUCAAACUUCGACCGAGGCACCCUUUUGGCUGAAGGUAAAUUCGGGCCUGUAUACAGAGGUUUCCUACCUGGUGGAAUACAUGUCGCGGUAAAAGUUCUUGUCCACGGUUCUACAUUGACUGAUCAAGAGGCUGCAAGGGAGCUCGAGUAUCUUGGCCGAAUCAAACACCUAAAUCUUGUUCCUCUUACUGGAUAUUGCUUAGCUGGAGAUCAGAGACUCGCAAUAUAUGAAUACAUGGAGAAUGGGAACUUGCAGAAUUUGCUACAUGAUUUGCCACUUGGGGUCCAAACAACAGAAGACUGGAGCACAGAUACAUGGGAAGAAGAUGAGAAUGCUGACAUCCAAAAUGUUGGCUCUGAAGGAUUGCUAACAACAUGGAGAUUUCGUCAUAAAAUUGCGCUAGGAACAGCACGAGCAUUGGCAUUUCUUCACCAUGGUUGUUUUCCUUCAAUCAUUCAUAGAGAUGUUAAAGCCAGCAGUGUUUAUCUAGACGACAACUUGGAGCCUAGAUUAUCUGAUUUCGGGUUGGCUAAGAUUUUUGGGAACGGUUUGGAUGAGGAGCUCGCUUGUGGAUCACCAGGGUAUGUGCCUCCAGAGUUUUCUAAGCCAGACAUCGAUUCACCAACAUCAAAAUCCGAUGUCUAUUGCUUUGGUGUUGUGCUCUUCGAGUUGCUAACCGGGAAAAAGCCAAUUGAAGAUGACUAUCCAGAUGAAAAGGAAGGAAAUUUGGUUGGUUGGGUUAGAGGGUUGGUCAGAAAGAACAAUGCUGCAAGAGCCAUUGAUCCGAAAAUUCGUAAUACAGGACCAGAAGAGCAAAUGGUGGAAGCACUCAAAAUUGGUUAUCUGUGCACAGCUGAUCUUCCUUCAAAGAGACCAAGUAUGCAACAAAUUGUUGGACUUCUUAAAGAUAUUGAAUCAAGUUCUAAUAACAAUCAAUGAGUUGGAAGUAGGGAAAAUCAAUCAAAUACAUAAUGGAGAUUCUUGUUUCUUAUUUUUCUUUUCUUUUCUAUUGUUUCUUUCUCUUUUGUUAAUGUCAAAUCUUUCCCUUUCUGAUAUGCCACAAGGGAAAAUGUACAGCAGUCCUUUAACUUCUGUUUUGGACAUGGUGCCUUUCUUUAUGGCCAACUUCUUUUUGGCUCUAAUUUAUAUACACAGAAUUUUGUUCCUUGAAAAA